AUGACUUUGCAUUUAUCUGUUGAUCAAGAUGAUGAAGCUUAUCAUUGGUUAAUGUCAUAUUUUGCUCAACAUCCAUAUACCCAAAACUGUAGACAUGUUUCUGUACUUUCAUCAGAUAAUAGAGCUGUUUCGAAUAUGCUUGGAGGAUUGUUUGGAGUUUUUGGAUCAAUGUUUGCUCCUCAGAAUAACUCAGAAGAAACUGAUAAGCAAAUAAUGUUCACUCCUGUUGAUGGUGUGAGACACUUUUUCAAUUACAAGGGGAAAUUAACUUGGAUUUAUAUUGAAAAAGUAAUGCCAAAAGGAGAAGAAAAGAAGAAUAGAGAAAAGCUAACAAUUACAAUCCUUGCUCGUGACAAGAAAAUUCUUACUGAUUUAGUUGAAGAGGCUAGAUCUCUAUUCAAGGAGCAUAAAAAGGAUAAAACAGUAAUAUAUUCACCUAGCUUGGAUUGUUAUGAUUGGGAGGAAUUAACAAGAAAGCCAAAGAGACCAUUGGAUUCAAUUAUUUUGGGAGAUAAUAUUCUUGAGGAUAUUGUAACAGAUUUGAAAUCAUUUGUGGAUGGAUCUAAAUUUUACUAUACCAGAGGAAUUCCAUAUAGAAGAGGAGUUUUGUUGAAAGGACCACCUGGAACUGGUAAAUCAUCAACAGUAAUGGCAGUAGCUGGUGAAUUAGGUUUAGAUAUCUAUGUGCUCAAUGUGAGUAGCAACAAAUUGGAUGAUGAGAAAAUGGCUAGACUUCUUCACAAGGUCCCACAAAAAUCAAUUGUUUUGAUAGAAGAUGUUGACUCAUGUGAAUCAGCCAUUGAAAGCGCCAAUAUGAAAUUCGAUUCUGACCAACAUAUAUCAGUGAGUGGACUUUUGAACUCGAUCGAUGGUCUGGGAGCUCAAGAGGGCAGAAUCAUUUUCCUCACCACCAAUCAUCCAGAGAAACUUAAUGAAGCUCUCAUUAGACCUGGUAGAAUUGACAGAAAAUUCCACAUUGGAUUCGCCAACAAGAAUCAAAUCAAAAUGCUCUUCCUCAACUUUUACCAAGGAGAAGAAAAUAUUGAACAACUUGCUGACAACUUUACUGAAAAACUUUCCAAUGCUCAAAUUACUCCAGCCAAAUUGCAAGGAUAUUUUAUGAAGUACAAGUCGAAUCCAAAGAAGGCAUUUGAAAAUGUUGGUGAAUUGAGCAACGAAAGUGAAUUUUAA